AUGCCACCAAAACACGACCCCAGAAUGUCCGCGACGCCACAAAAUGAACGUCCUGUGCCUUCUCUCCAACCUUCAUUUGACGGACUACCGCGCGGAGACGGCUUUACUACUCCAUCGCGACAAUAUAAUGGGGCUCCUCUUAUUCCAACUUCAUAUCCGACCCCAGUCACGUACACCUUCGCACCUCAAUCUAGGAGGGUUCCACAAAGUGGGCACUACUGGCAACCUCAACACCCAUAUGGAGCCGCAGCUCCUCUACCAAAUCCUAUAGCUACAGGUCUUCCCCGAUACUCUUCUGCCAAUAGUCGCGCUCCGGAGUAUGGUCAUUUACCGAGUACGAAUGUACGGGGAAAUCGCAGUGAGAAUAGAACUGCUCUUGCUGGACCUGAGGACGCACAACGGGAGAGGGAAGCAGCGAAGAAGAAGUCCGACCUUCGAAAAAUGCAGCAAAUGAAGGAGGAAUCGGACCAGAUCAGGGACAACCAGGCACAAGUCAAUGCACAAAUCUCGCACGAACAUCGCAAGCGUCGAAAGUUGGAUAUCGCACACAGACUUGAAGCAGACAAACUUAGGGUUCAGAAGGAGAAGAAUCUUGGGGAGGAGAAUGUCGGGAAGGAUAGGAGUAUCUGGGAGAAGAAGAAUGUCGGGAAGGAGAAGAAUAUCGGGGAGCUUGUCAGUCCUUCACCAGAGCCUGAUGUCGGGGAGAAGAAGAAUAUCAGGGAGCUUGUUAGUCCUUCACCAGAGCCUGGUCUUUAG